AAUCAUUUCAGCUGGAGAUCUUUACGCUAUCGCUGCUUCGCGCCCUCGUGUGCUUGCUUCACAUACGAGCGACCUGUGACCAUUGUUGGUCAAGGUCGUCUUUAAACACUCGCUUGAUUCUCUGCCUUUACCACACGAAAACACCCAAAAACCCCGCCAAAAGGUCCGCAACGACAUUUUAACACUUUUGCAAAUUCCGGGUUCUGCAAGGACCAGCAAUAGCCUUAGGACACGCUCGCUACCAGUACACUUGACGCCUUUACACAUAUUGUACACUUGCAAAUUCGGGUUCUGCAAAGACAACACUGUGGUUUCAAUAGUUUCUCGCUAGGACACUUGCGUCCGCACAAUCCUCGUCUAGCCUCAAGGUAGCCAGCACACGGAAGAAAGCAGAGGCACGAGUCACUGCCGUAUCUUUCACUCAUCCUGCCAGAAAAUAAAAGAAUUCGCCCUGUAAACAAGCGCGGUGUCGAGCCGGGCCGCGCACAAUGGGGUUCAAUGGACAGGGUUCGGACGGGGACACGGACGACGAAUAUGACAUUGAAUCACCAGAUAUAAUAGACCCAGACGAACCGAUAGACUUUGGAUUGGUCUAUGCACUUCAUACCUUUGUUGCGAAUUUGGAGGGCCAAGUAUGCGUCCUUAAAGGAGACUCGUUGGAGCUGUUGGACGACUCAAAUUCGUAUUGGUGGCUGGUGAAAUGCAUCAAAACAGAUGAGAUUGGCUAUAUACCCGCGGAGAAUGUCGAGACUCCAUUUGAGCGCCUGGCUCGUCUGAAUAAAAUGCGAAACGUGUCCGUCACCACUGUACAGGAAGAGGAUCUAGAACCGCCACCGCCGUCCCAAACUGGAAAGCGACGGAAUAUCGUCUUUCCGGAAGACUUUGUAGAAUACAUCGAUGCUAGUGACGAUGAUGACCUGUCUGAUGAGUUUGACGCUCCAGAAAUGGGCACUAUUCCUCGACAACAAAAGUCAAAUCACAACUCUCUUAGUCGCAAUUUCUUGACGAAAUUGCUAUCGCGCACGGGUAGCAAGAAGGCCAAGGAAGUAGCAAAUGCCGCUCGCUCACUAGAGCGGCCCGUGGUGGUGGAGACCCGAAGAGCACCAUCGAAUGAGGAGCUGAAUAAGGAGCCAAUUAAUGUACUCCGAAUUUACGCCGGAAAUGUUGACCUGAAAGCAACCUUCAAAACCGUGAAUCUGACGAAAUCGUUGACGGCAUCGGAAUUGCUUGCGGUAGCUUUGCGGCGAUUUCGCGUACCUGGAGCGACUCCGAACGAAUAUUAUGUGAGCGUGCUUCACAUGGAUUCACAGGAGAAACGGCUGGGAGAAAAUGAUAAUGUCUUCAAUGUACUGGAGGAGCUCCGCCAUAAGGGUUUACCUGGUGUUGGGGACUCUGCCUCCGUCUCUCAUGUCGUCAAUAGCACUGGUGGUAUCAGCAGUGUUCGUAUGACGGACGACAACAUUAUCAAAGUGAUAAUUAACAAGAAGCUCAACCUCUUUGAGAAGAAUUAUCACUUGAUUCGUAUCUUUAUGUACGACGAGUCGGACCCAACUGGAAAGAUGCGCACCUACAAGACCAUUGGCGUGAAUAGCAAUGUCACAGUCGGCGAAAUUAUUGACAUGGCCUUGAAAAAGUUUAAGAUACGAUCAAGCUCUUCCUACAAGUACACCCUGCACUCUAUCUUCAAAGGACAAGAAAUAAUGCGAGAAGAUACAGAGCGCGUCUAUCCGAUCCUGAUGAUGGCAGAAGGCACUGCAGAAGAAAUUGAUUUUGUUCUACGGAAAGAAUGGACCGGGCAAGGCACUGCACCCGCUCCUUCUCUGGCUUCUUCGGUGGACACAAACCUUGGAACUUCCUUGUUGGACGACAUUCAGAGCAUUCUGAGUUCGAAGCCCGCCUUUCUGGAGGAGUUGCCUGCUGCUGGUGGAAUGCCAGAUUUGCGAGUAUCUCCGCAGCUCUCUACUGACAGUAUUGACACCAGUAGCGUAACAUCCAGCAACUCCCCCAUGCGAUCACGAAAUGACAGCUCAGAUAGUCUGUCGGUAGAACAACGACAGCUCUCACCGCUACGAAAGGAAACGAGCGACCAGAUGAUCGUCAAAGAAAUCACUCACUCAGACUUCUAUGAUACUACCAGCUUGAUAGGUCGAAUUUUGAAUGAAGCUCCUCAACCGCCUUCGGUCCUACCAAGCAAGGCAACCCCACCACCACGGGUCAACGCCCGUGCGAGUUCCUUACGCUAUGACCCGGGUGUCAUUGCGCAGGCAACGCUGAUGAGACUGGACAGCAAUGCAAGCUUUUCGGAACCACCGCCUUCGAAGAAGAAUUCGACUUUGCAUAGUGUCAGGGAGACACCGCCCACUCCUCCUGCAAAAGACAAUCCUUCAAUUGAAACGACGAUAAAUUCCAAGUCGACGUAUUCAUCCCCACCCGAUCUAUCGCCACCUGAUGCUCUACGACAAGGAGAACCCCAGACUCGACAAGCGGUACCAAUACUAGAAAACGUCCAGCUACAAACACAAUCGUCUAGCGUAAAGUCAAUGUCACCAACCGGCACCGCUGCUACUGCUGCUGGUAAGCCUACCACUAACGGCACAGUCUCUCCGCUGGACGGCGAGGCUGUUAAUUCUGCGAUACAAGGAAACGGUACAACCAAAGCCAGCCGGGCCAGCAUUACAGUCAACCCUGUCCGAUCAAGUCGAGCCAACUUUGAAACAAUGGAGGAAUAUCUGGAAGAGAUACUGAAAGGAGCUGAUGUACAAAAGUUGCGGAGUCUGGAGGCGCGUUUGCGAGAGACAAUCCCAAUUCCUCCACGAGGGUCUUCUAAAGCAGCCGUGCCAGAGCUCGCCGUGUUACCAAGACCGUACGAUGACUGUGGACUGAAUGAGAUACUCCGUCCACGAACCGUCUCAAUGGACUCUACCACAGCACGAAAGAAUGUUCGGAAAGGAUCAACAGCGAGCGUGUCCCUGAGCGACGUUUACAACACAUUACAGGCCGACCUAGAAGAAUCCCUCCAAAGCACCCGCCGCCAACCAGCUGUUGACUCAAAACAACCGGAGGAGUCUGCCAACACCUCACAAAGCUCCUUUGACUCGUUCACAAGCGCCUCGGAAGGCGUACCAGACGAGCCUGCAGAUGCAUCACCAGCAGAACCGGCCGUACCGGCCGUACCGGAUGUAGGAAACCCAUCAGAGGGGCGUUUAGGAACGCCGCAAAUAGCAAAUACUUCAUCAAGUCAUGAUCCAGAAUCAUCACGAGAGGACAUUGCUGAUGACAGUGCAAUUGUGUUGGAAAAAUACAAGGAGGUCGAGCAGAUGCUGAACACAAUGCAAGCGGACCUGGAAGCUCUUGUUGCAAAAGCCGUGGAUGCGUUCCAAGCCGACCCGCCAAAUCCACCACCUGCAUCACACCCACGAGUUUCCUCAGCCGAUGUUACAUAAAUUGACCACAUUGCACCUUACAUAUUAUUCUAUUAUGUGAAAUACAAUUUUGAAUUUUUUUACUUUUGGAAACUGUGCUGCAAUUUUCUCUUGAAUUAAUCCGUACUACCUAACGAACUGCUACUGUCUAAACCCCGCUGCGGC